GUUGACGAGCUAUUAACGGGAUAUCUUUCUUAUUCCCAACAGGAUAUAGAGAUGUCGGACGCGGAUGAAAUCGAGCGGGGCCCAACAGCUACGCCGGAGGAUUUCGUCAAGGUGAUCGAGAAAAGAAAGUUAGCACGACUGCAGGUACUGAAGGUUGACAUCUUCCUGUUUAAAGGGGAAAGGAUGUCUGAGUGGUUGGAAAUGUUCGAGCAAGUCACAAGCGAAGGGUUUGAGGCAGACAAAUUCAAAUUGCUGCCCAGAUAUGUCUGGUGGGAGAUUCGGCCUGAGAUAAUGAAGGUGGUUGCUGGAGCAGCAGGAGUUUGGGCGAGUUUCAAGGAGGAAAUGCAAAAGCGCUUCAAGCUGGGGGAUGGUCUGCUAACGAAGGCAGGCCUGGAAAUGUUACAUCGGAAUGAGUUCACCACUGUGGGCGCAUUCACGACGACUUUUGAGAAAAUGGCAAGGAACGUGUCUGGGAUGGUGGAAGAGGAGCAAUGCGCAACCUUACUAGGGCACUUCAUAAAUUGGGAGGCCUCUGCGCUAACCAAGAAGGGUGCGCCAGGGAAGAAGUUGACAUGGGCUGCUAUAAAAGAGAGUGUAAUAGAUAGGGAAUUGAACCAAGUAGACCUCUUCCAAAUGCGGCAGACAAGACAGAAGAGAAAGGUCUUGGACGCGACGACAAGUAACGGGCAGGAGCUUAAGAAAGUUGUGGAGGAGGUAGUGGCCCAACUUGAAGCUACGAAAGAAGUGAAUGCAGCCAAAAGGGUGCCUACAGCAGUGGUAGAUUGGACUGAGGUCCAAAGCUUUGGAAUCAAGGGGCAAUCAACUGAGGACCUCUUCAAGCAUCAGAAAAAGGAGGCAGAGUGGGAGAGAAGAUUGAAGGAUAUGGAGUCCAAGGUGGAGCGCCAGGUUCCUACUGCAGUGGUAGAUUGGACAGAGGUCCAAGGAUUUGAGAUCAGGAGUCAGCCUGCAGAAGAGCUCUUCGAGUACCGGAAGAAGGAAGAGAAGGCAGAUCAGCAAAAUGAUGAGGAGAUUCCCCUGUUAGACAAGAAGAUGUUAGAGCCCCAGAAGGAGUUAGAAGGAAAGGAAUCAGAGGCUAGAGAGUUUGAGUGGAGGAUGCCGACUGGUUUGACACUUGAGCAGGAGCCAGUGAGGAGGUUCGGGGAAGUGGGUCAGGACUUGAUUGAGGCUGAGCUCAGAGGGGAUCUAAAGGUUUGUCAGGAGUCCACCACACCUCAGGAUAUGCCUCUUGUUGCAGGUCUGGAGGAUGCAUUGGGGUCUUGGGCCACUGGAUCUCGGCCAGACGGGCGAGUCAGUGAGAAGGUGGCACAGACAGAUGACAGAGCAGCAUGUCCCACUCCUCCAGAGGUUCCACAGCAGGAGGUCACAAGUAAGGUUACGACAACCCCCUCAUUUGUGCCCUCACAGGAAGGAGGCAAGGUGGAACAGAAGAGGGUUGGAAGGUGCUUCUACUGCAAGAGAGGCAAACACGUACAGGAAGAGUGUCCCAAUAACCUCAAGGAUGAGGCAAAUGGCUUGUUUGUUUUGGAUUCAUCUGGGGUACGAAGGGAUAGGAACGGAAACCUGAUCCUGAAGACUCGUGAUGGGAUACGGGUGCAGUUGUAUAGGUAGCUGCCAGAGAGCAUGAGUGAUCAGGAGUAGGGUUCUUUGAUAGGGUCCGGAAAGGUCUAGUAUGUAUAGAACAUCUCUGACUCACUGACUGAUGGUUGGUUGUAUAUAGGAGUACAUAUGAAGGAUUGGAUCAUGCUCAUGUGCAUCAGUGACUUGAGUUGAUACUUAGAUGUGUAUCUUCGCCUUAUGGACUUCCUGACCUAACUGUAAAUAGGAGUGACUUCGACUGUAACUUUGACUCAUUUUGUUCAUCUUUUAUUGUCUUUCUUUUUUUUUGUAUAGUAUAGGAUGUCUUGUAGAUAAAACCUUUUGUGUAUAUUACGACUUUGUUCAUUCAGAGUGUGUGCUCAUGAGUUUACAGUAAAAGCAAUGUGAGACU